AACUAUAUGCCUGUGUGCUCCUGCAGGUUUGUAAGAGGAUGGUUCAGCCCCUUCCACCGGCAGAGGAAAAUGGUAACCCCUCUCAUUGCAAUGCAAGUUCACAGCCAGGCAUCAAUGUAUUUGACUACGUUAGAAGAGAAGGUGGAGGAAGUGAAGGCAGAGAUGGUGCGUUUUUACCCAGAGUCAACAGCCCAGGAGUGGAUAGAGGAACACGUCAGCCCUGUGGUGGUUCCUCUGCAGAGGAUAACAGAGGAGAUCAGAGCCUGUGUCAAUGAGAUGGUGCCCUAAAAUAUUCAGAAUCAACUGCUUUUUCGAUCCAGUACUGCUCUCCGCAAUUUUUUUGUGAACAGC